UCAUGGUAUCUCCAACUGCUCAAGAGACAAGAAUCAACCAGUGGAUGCAGAAACGCUUGCCUUCUGAUGGCUCGGUGGCACUGAGCGAUGUCACUUCCAUGUACACAGUUCUAAAUGUGGUUGGACCCAAGUCGAAGGAGCUCAUGACUGAGUUGACCCAAUCAGACAUGAACAUGCCAGCAUUUACUUCUCAGACUCUUCACGUCGGUCACAUCAGUGGAGUAUUAGUUAUGGGAUUCAACAAUACAGGAGAACCUGGCUAUUCCCUGUACAUACCUUCAGAGUAUGCCCUUCACGUGUAUAACCGCCUCGUGACAGUAGGUAAAGAUUUUGGAAUCAAGGAUGUCGGCUAUUAUACGCUGAGAUUUCUUCGAAUAGAAAAAUUUAUUCCUUUCUGGGGAGAAGAACUAGACAGUAACACUACACCUUUUGAAGUGAACCGUGGUUUCAAAGUGAAAAUGCAGAAAGAAUACUUCCUUGGAAAAUUUGCUCUUAAACAUCAGGUUGAGAAAGGACUUUUCCGGAGAUUAGUACACUUUCAACUAGACAAUCAUAAUCCUAACACGGAUCUUUGGCCCUGGGGAAGGGAGCCUAUUUAUCGAAAUGGGAAGUUUGUGGGUAUGACGACUUCAUCUGGCUACGGUUUCACUCUGGAGCGAGUGGUGUGCCUCGGUUUUGUGCACUGUUUCGAUGAGAAAUCUCAAGAACCUCAAGUUGUUACUAAUGAUUACAUAUCUAAAGAUGCCAGGUAUGAAAUACAAAUAGCAGGAAAGACGUUUCCUGCGAGGGCUAGCUUACAUCCUCCCAAAAUCCCUGUAGUCACAAUGACUGGAACAAAUAUUCGUUAUGUUCCAAAGGCUCGAGCAAAAGUUUGAAACUGUUACUUUUUGCUGAAAUAAAUUUCAGGUUGUAGUUAUCUGGAUUUAGUUAAAGAUUAAACAUUGUGUGCAGAAAUAAUCAUCACUGGAAAGUAUUGAGUUUGUAUAUUACUUUUUGAGGCAACGCUAUACUUUGGUUCUAAAUCGCGUGUUGACAUGUAGAAGAUACUGUUUGUUGCUUAUUUAGAACUUCCUUACAACACUAAUUUUUUAUUAUUACUGCAAAAUAGAAAACUCAGUGUUAAUAUAUAGAAGUUUCCCAACAAAGUGUGAAUUUUGGUUAUUACCUCACUGAGGAGUUAAAGUAAG